CCAAAAACAGAGUUGGAUAACACGCAAAACAGGGCUAGAAAAUGAGUUAGGAUCGGGCACACAAGAACACAAAAACGAAACGACACGUAAACGUCACCAAAAAUUAGCAAACAAAUUCUUUAUUCAUUACGAUUACUGAAACAUGUGUUACUAAAAGGCGCGCCUAGUUUCGUUCGAGGCAUCGCGGAAUCGUGGUUGCGACUGUGUGAAAACUUGGGCGUGUAGCAAGUGGAAAAACAUAUGCGAAGGCCGAGCAGAAAGAGGAGUGAAGAGGAGCUGCCCCACAACAAUUUGGCAUUGCGAAUUUCUUCGGUGGAAACCUUUGAAGGGCCGUAGAAUACGACCAGGAGUCAGCCGCAAUGUCGCUGCCGGGCAAUGGAAUCUACGUGGUGCGGGGUGAAAUGGCCACCCUCAUGACGGCCAUGCGACGUGGAACCCGAUGGAAUGCGACCGCAUACGUGAACGAGGAGAAGGACUCGUUGUUGAAGCUGUUCCUUGACCUCAAGCAGGAUCUUAAUCGAGUGGAGGAUUUACGACUUAUAGAGGCGCAGGUAUUCCUGGCUCCGUUUUUGGAGGUGAUCCGAACGGCAGACACGACUGGGCCACUGACCAGUCUGGCGUUGGCCUCGGUCAACAAGUUCUUGUCGUAUGGGCUAAUUGAUCCCACCACUCCGAACCUCUCGGAUAUUGUGGAGCGCAUUGCCGACGCCGUUACCCAUGCCCGUUUCAUGGGCACAGAUCAGUCCUCGGACAGUGUAACCUUUAUGCGGGUUAUUGAGGUGCUGCACACACUUAUUCGAAGUCCAGAAGGUGCUGCCCUGAGCAAUGAUACCAUGUGCGAUGUUAUGCUCAGCUGCUUCAAGAUCUGCUUUGAAUCCAGGCUGAGUGAAAUCUUGCGGCGUUCGGCCGAGCAGUCGCUUAAGGACAUGGUCCUGCUUUUCUUUAUGAGGCUGCCGCAGUUUGCAGAGGAGCGCAGCGACGCAGUGCUUCAAAAACGAUUCACAAUCUUGGACGCGGCCAGUGGAGCUGCGCAGGAGAAGCAUAAGCGCAAGGUGCCGCAAGCCGCUGUUCCAGCUCACCCAAGAAAAUCGUCAACAGCUGAGGAGCCUCCCCAGACACCACAGCCCUCAAGUAACCUCACCGUUCCCGGGCAUCUCAAGGCCCCGAUACUGGCUACCACUCCUGCCAGUCCAGCAGGCACUAUUCUCGACAUGCAGGGAAAAAUCACGCAAACGCCAACAACCACAGCAAGUGCUGGAGCAGUCUCAGAGGAAACUGAGACCACAGAUACACCAGCCAUUCAAGUUGAGCACGCAGACUCGGAACUGUUGGCAGAAGGAGAGCCCGGCGAGGCGACAAGCCUGUUAACAGAGGCAAGCAGCAGCGAAUACAUCAAUUCAGUGGGUGUGCGUUUCACGCAGCAAUCGAGCGAACAGGACACUGCUUCUCUUUCGCCCUAUGGCUUGCCAUUCAUCCGGGAGCUCUUCAGAUUCCUUACCAUCCUGUGCAACCCGCUGGACAAGCAGAAUACGGACAGCAUGAUGCACACGGGCCUGAGUCUGCUCACCGUGGCUUUCGAAGUGGCUGCUGACAAUAUUGGAAAGUACGAGGGUUUGCUGGAACUGGUAAAAGAUGACUUGUGCAGGAACUUAAUCUCGCUCCUCAGCUCCGAGCGUUUGAGUAUCUUUGCGGCCGACUUGCAGCUGUGUUUCCUGCUCUUUGAGUCCCUGCGGGGUCAUUUGAAGUUCCAGCUGGAGGCCUACCUCAAGAAGCUCAGCGAAAUCAUUGCAAGCGACAAUCCCAAGACUCCGUACGAGAUGCGUGAGUUAGCGCUGGAUAAUUUGUUGCAGCUUUGGCGUAUUCCCGGGUUUGUCACCGAGCUUUAUAUCAACUACGAUUGCGAUUUAUAUUGCACCGAUAUGUUUGAGAGCCUGACCAAUCUGCUCAGCAAGUACACACUGUCAGCCACCAAUGCCGUAUACAGCACGCACAUCAUCUCGAUGGAUACGCUGAUAAGUGUAAUCGACAGCAUUGAGCGUAACUGUGUGGCGUCAAAAGGUCAACAAGGCGGAGCCAACAAGGAAUCCCCACCAGAAGUUACCCCGCUGGCGGGUGGUAGUCGACACUCUCGACACAAUAGUGGAUUGGAGGGCAUAGUCAUUGAUUCUGGAACUAGUGCUGCGGUGGAGGAGCGAGUAGAAAAUAUCUCCAGCUUUAUAAACAGCAGCUCGCAACGAUUGCGACUGCAAUCCGGGGGUGAUGCUUUGGGCAUAACCUCCGAGCAGCUGGCCAAUGUCAAACAGAAAAAGAGGUUGCUGUCGCAGGGCACGGAGCGGUUUAAUACUCGUCCGGAGAAGGGCAUACAAUACCUGCAGGAGCAUGGCAUCCUAAACGCCGAACUAGAUCCCAUGCAGGUGGCCCUGUUUCUGCGCGAAAACCCUGGCUUAGACAAGAAGAUGAUUGGCGAGUACAUCUCGAAAAAGAAGAACGUGGACUCGAAGAUCUUGAUUAACUUUGUGGACUCGUUUGAUUUCACUGGCCUCCGGGUGGAUCAAGCAUUGCGUCUCUACUUGGAAACAUUCAGGUUGCCAGGAGAGGCACCUUUAAUAUUCCUGGUGUUGGAACACUUUUCUGAUCACUGGCAUUUACAAAACAAGGAACCGUUUGCCAAUGUAGACGCUGCCUUCCGCUUGGCCUAUGCCAUCAUCAUGUUAAAUAUGGACCAGCACAACUCCAAUGCCAAACGCCUCAAUGUUCCAAUGACGCUGGAGGACUUUACCAAGAACUUACGUGGUCUGAAUGGCGGAAAUGAUUUCGAUCAAGAAAUGUUGACUCAAGUCUUCAAUGCCAUAAAGAACGAAGAGAUCGUAAUGCCUGCAGAGCAAACCGGUCUGGUGCGCGAAAACUACUUGUGGAAGGUGCUACUUCGACGAGGAGACACCCAUGAUGGGAACUUCCACUACGUCCACGAUGCAUCCUAUGACGUGGAAAUCUUUAACAUUGUGUGGGGUGCAUCGCUAAGCGCUCUUAGCUUUAUGUUUGACAAAAGCACUGAAUCGGGCUACCAGAAGACACUGGCAGGUUUCAGUAAAUCCGCUGCCAUAUCGGCUCAUUAUAAUUUACAUGCGGACUUUGAUGCUUUGGUCUUGACCCUCUGCAAGUUCACGACGCUGCUGAGCAGCGUUGAGCAGAACGAGGUGGCUCCGGCGAACAAUGAAAUCCAGCAGGCGGUGAACUUUGGAUUGAAUGAUAAGGCACAGGCUGCCAUUAGAACAGUGUUCCUGUUGGUUCACGAUUAUGGCGAUUGUCUGCGUGAGAGUUGGAAACAUAUCCUGGACCUGUAUCUGCAGCUGUUCCGUUUGAAACUCCUGCCCAAGUCGCUAAUCGAAGUUGAAGAUUUCUGCGAAGCAAAUGGAAAAGCAUUGUUGAUCCUGGAAAAACCGCGCGAGAAGCAGGAAUCGGGAUUGUUCUCCAGUCUUUACUCGUUUAUCAGUUCGGAGGGACAGCGGGAACCCACCUAUGAGGAGCAGGACUACAUUAAGCACGGCCGUAAAUGCAUCAAGGAAUGCCAGUUGGACCAAAUGCUGCAGGAGUCUAAAUUUGUGCAGCUGGAGUCGCUGCAGGAACUGCUCAAGUGUGUUCUGGGCCUGAUAAAAGCUCCUCAGGGGCACAAAUCAAUUGGCUUACCCUACGCUGAGGAUCAGACCGUCUUCUGGAUGGAAUUUCUCGUUAAGAUUGUGGUGCACAACCGGGAUCGCAUGAUUCCUCUGUGGCCCGCUGUUCGAGACCAAAUGUAUCUGCUCCUAAUGGGCAGUGCUUCCUGCGGCUACGACUACUUGCUCAAUCGCUGCAUUGUAGCUGUGCUCAAGCUGGCCAUCUACUUAAUGCGAAACGAGGAGCUCUGUCCGAUUGUGCUUCAGUCCCUUAAGAUGCUGUUGAUGCUGAAGCCAGCGCUCCUACUUCGCAUAUCCAAGCAGAUAUCCAUUGGUAUUUACGAGCUGCUCAAGACGUCUGCUCAGAAUAUUCAUUCCGAGCAGGAUUGGCAAAUCAUCUUCAACCUGCUGGAGUGUGUUGGCGCCGGAGCAGUUCCCCCCAGCUACGAUGAUGCCCAGCUGCCGUUGCCGCUUAACGGUUGUGCCAAGUCAGAUGGCGCUCUGAGUGGCGAGGAGGACACAUCACCUGCCCCAGAACGAGGCUACACUUCCGAUUCGGAGCUUACAAAGACUUCCGCUACACCUGCAGCCUCGAGUCCUAGUGCUGAAAACUGGAUUUUGGUCAACAACAAGGAUAGCGAACUUACUACGGCAUCCAGACCUCAAUCGCCGCCCAGCUCUAGUGGUCCUGCAAUCAGCACGCUUGUCUAUAACUGCCAGCUACUGGAUCACGCGCCAUUUGCUCUUUUCAAAUGCUGGGACUCACUGGCUUUCAUCGUCCGGAGUGUGGCCCAUAUCACGCCAUACAACUUCGAGGCAUGUGUGCGUUGCAUUCGCAUUUUUGUGGAGGCCUGUCGUGAUGGAGGAAUUCGCCAGCGCCGAAAACUUGAGGCAGCAGGAAAGCAGAGGAGUUCAAAGAAGCGCAGCGAUCGUAAGCCCGGCAUGGCCCCAUCUGUGUCUAGCAGUAAUCUUACCCUGCUAUCUGGCGAUCCUGCAGACAAUUUGGGAAAUGGAAAUGCGGCGGAACAAGAGGAGCUGGCCCAGCGCUAUGAGCAGUUGUCCAUACAGUUACUGGAUUUGAUGUAUACACUGUACACACGAACUGCUCAGAUUUUCCGUUGGUGGGCGGAGGAGGGAUGCACAGUGCCCCAGUCAGCAGCAUUGUGGGCACCGGGAUGGUGUCCCCUGCUGCAAGGGAUUGCAAGAUUGGCCAUGGAUAGGCGGCGAGAGGUUCGGACGCAUGCCAUCUCGUGUCUGCAGCAGCGGGCACUGCUAGUCCAUGAUCUGCAGACGCUAUCUGGCACGGAAUGGUGUUCCUGCUUCCACCAGGUGCUGUUCCCACUGCUAAACGAAUUGUUGCCGGAAAGCAGCGCCUCCAGCCAGCUUGAUUCUGCAUUACUGGAGGAAUCACGGAUUCGCACCGCCACCAUCAUGUCAAAGGUGUUUUUGCAACACCUGACCACGCUCAUCGAACUCGGAAACACCUUCAACGAACUGUGGUUGGACAUUCUUGACUACAUUGAGCGCUUUAUGAAAGUGGGAUCUGAUACACUGUCGGAGCAGAUGCAGGAGAUCUUGAAGAACAUGUUGCUGGUGAUGCACUCGGUCCGUGUGUUUCACAAUCAGGACGGCAGUCUACAGCAGGCCCUGUGGGAGCUCACAUGGCGGCGUAUUGGCGAAUUCCUGCCCAACCUGAAGGAGGAACUUUUCCGUGAUGAAGGAAAGCGUGCUCAGACUCUAACCAACCCAGCGGUCGUAGCUGCUGCGGCCUCCAACCCACAGCAACAAGUCCCCACAGUGGCCAUUUUGCCCAGCCAGGUCCAACAGCAACAGGUUGCAGCCAACGAGUUGGUUGUGAGUGCAGCUACCUCGGGAACAGCUACCCCCUCUUUGGUGUCCCCGGUGGAAUCGCCCAGGCGGAGUAUUAUCCUGCAACCUCCCAUGGCGGAUGCCUUGCAGCAAGCCCCCAGUUUCAUAUUCGCUCAGCCUAUGAUUGUGCCGCCACAACCGCCAGUGGCCACGGAGGCGCACUCGAGUGCAUUGCUACCUGAUUUGGUAAAUGAGGCUGCUGCUGCUACUGUGCAGGUCGGCCCUUCUUCCCCAGUUCUCAGCCCUCAGCCAGAAGAGCAACCUGUUGCUAUUGUCCAGCAAACGAAUAUCGUAACUACCAACAAUACGUACAACAGUUACGCCAUAGAGUUGCCUGCGACACCGGAAGCUACUGCCGAGCAGUUGGAGCAACAGCAGCAGCAGCAAUUGCUCUACCAGCAGUACUAUCAGCAGUAUCAGGCCCAGCAGCUCCAGUUGCAACAGCAGCAGCAGCAACAGCAACAGUUGUCAGCUCCAUCCAGCGAUCCUGCCAUCAAUGUGCCAAUCAGCCAUCUGCUGGCUGGAAAUGCUUAUCCAUCGCUGUCCAAGAUGCCCCAGUCAUCCAUUGUGCACAGCUUUGCACCAGUUUACGAGACUCCGGCGGUGGCCAGUGGGGCGGCGCCUACAGCCGAUAUAUACCAGGAAUACGUGCAGAAUCCGUAUAACCUUACGCUGCAACAGAACCUGCAGCAGAAUCCCCAGCAACAGUUACAACAGUCCCAGACCCCAGCCAACUACUUUAAUGUAAGCGUGGAUCCCAACAACAUCCCGCCGGGAUCAGAGCUCCUCUAUGGCCAGCAGUGACGCAGUGAGGAGGAGUAAAGAGCUCUAGGGAAGGAAAUUUCAAGUCACAUGGUCGGUUUAUUUUAUAUCUUGUGUUGUAGACAAGGGCUAUAUUCGUAGUUAAUAAUAUAAAAUUGUGUCAAUUUGUUUAAUUGUUAUUUAUGCCUCCCUCAACUAUUAACAAAAGUGGAAGUACAUUCCCGGGCGAGUGUUUUUAUGCUAUGAACUAAAUUAAAAAUCUUUAUGCAAUUUUGAGAACCCCCUAUAAGCUUUAGUAAUGCAAAUAGUUUAAUUUAUAAUAAAUAUAUAAUUAUAUCUUCUGUAUGUUAUGCAAAGAGGCGAACUGUAAAUAAUCAAAAUUAUAAAUAUAUAAAACAAAUUAUGCACAUA